CCUUGAAGUCUCAAUGAACUCGCUGGCCUCCAAGUGUACUGAGGAGGCCAACUCGACAGAUUGCCUCCUUCGCACCUUGCUCGACUUUCUGGAGGACGCGCGCCGAAAGGAUGAUGGUAAAUACGAAUGGGACCCAAUCACUUUUGGCUUCACAGUCGCCAUCUCUCUUGCUGCCGCUGGGUUCGCAUUGAUCACAAUUAUCCAAGCUGUGCUAGCGGCGGGUCCAGCCCGUCGAAAGUCGAACCCCGAAGCUAUUGGAAAAUGGGCUAAAAUGACAGAGCCGCAGUGGAAGUGGCGGGAUUUUGGCUAUCUCUACGUCGCACAAACCCCGAUCCUCUCCGUCGAGAAUAUUGCGGCAUAUCUUGAGAUAAGAGAAGCAAGGACAUCACAUCGGAGAACAAGACCUAGAGAAUAUCAGAGAACAACCCCUAGAGAAUAUCAGACUCCGGUAGCGGCCGAAAACGAGACCGAAAACGAAAAUGACCAGCGCAUCCAAAAUCACAAAGGAACAGGGGCGUCAUGGCUCACCUUUCUGGAAAUGGCCGGACUCGCCGAUCUGGACCUAGGCGAUAAGGCCAUUGUAACUACGGUGGCCGAUUACUUGCCUAGCGAUCUCGUGGCUGUUUCCGCUGCAGUUGAAGUGCGACUUGUCUUCCUUCUCAUAGCCUUGUCUCAGAAACCAUUGUGGCUACUUGAACCUGGAUCACGGUGUCCUAGUUUGACUAGCCCGGCGUUUCAGUUCGAACUGCGGCAACACGCGAAUAUGGGAUUGAUCGGAGCCUUCUCCUCUUAUAAGACAAUGAGCUUUGAUCUAGGCAAGCUAUCCACAGACGACCUCAACCUGGCCGCAAAACAUGCAGAUGGUGUUCUUCUCAUAUCGAAUAGAUUUACCUCGGGAGACUCCAAGACCGUGUUUAGAUUUUCAGGCCUCAGUAAAAAGAUCAAUAUCACCGCCCCUCGCACAUUCACGCGUUGGUUAGCCCUUCGUUCAAUCCCUGUAAGAUACGAGUGGUGGAGCCUGCUACCCAAGUUCGCUUCAUUAAGCAAACGUCCUACCUACUCGACCAUUUUCUUCGGCCUUGUUGUCGCCAAGGCACCUAGACGCUGCCCCCCCACGUUCCCAUGGAGCACUUUACCAGUUGGGAAUUUAUUUACGCACCUUUCCAUUAGCUGCAACAUGACAACCGAGGAGCAAUACGAUGCUUCUAGCACCACGGAGCAGAUGCCCCGACAAGCUCACAUCUUCGAGCUAAUACUCCGGAGCAAGUACGCUGACUGCCUCUUUGCGGAGGAAACUUCUGACCAGACUGGCCACUGCCCAUGUCACAAUGUUGUUGCCGCUUGCGCAAGCAUUCGGCUAGGGUUUGGCGACUUCACAUCUUGGCUUGCCCUCUACCCGACAGAGAAACUCCCACAACUUCGACAGGACGUCUUGGUUCUACUUACAGCGAUAGACUUCUGGUUAUACAAGCGGAGCACAAGCUCUCACAUCGUUAUUCUCUCAUUCCGCUUGCUUGUCAACACACUAAGUCUACAUCAAGUAUUGGAUAUUCUCGGCGAAACCCUGCCUGGCAACAAAGAAACACCAACCCAGCUCUUGACAGGUUUCUUUCAGGCGUAUGAGACCCCAGACUCGCCGCAUAAAUAUGAAAGAAACGAAAAGCUGAAAGAACCCACCGGCCGUUUUGCGAGUCAGGAGACGUUUGCCGAGUUUGAGGCUGUUACGCAGCCGAUGCUUGAGAAUGUGAAGUCAUUGGUGGACGCUCGUAACGAAGCCGCGAACCAACCAAUGCUCAUAUUCGGUAGAGGGGCCGACGUAAUCAUUAGGGGCAGGAGAUAUGCUUGGGAGGUUGAGCAAGAGGAGAGCCCGGCCGUCCCAUUCUUCAUUGACACAUUAAACAACCGCAGAGGAGUGGCCAGUGGGGCUGAUGUAACGUGCCCAGAAUACAAGACACACAAAGACACACACUGAGAGGCUCACAGGACGGCAAUAUCGACAAUAAAGAGUCUGAUGAACUUCUGACUCAUGUUCUGGCAUGGAGGG